AUGCUUUUGAAUUGCUAUCUCUUGAUCGUCUUGUUUGCCAUUUUCGCGGCAGCAGAGGCAAAUUCAUCCAAGAGUGACUCCAGCGUGCUCUUAAGACUGAAGAGCUCUGUGCAUGAUCCAUACAAGGUACUUUCGAGCUGGGGAUCUAAUCGGAGUGUUUGCAAGUGGGAGGGCGUGAGUUGCUCAAAGAAAGAUCGAGUUUCUGGUCUUUAUCUCCAGAAUUUGACACUCUCAGGUUCUAUUCUAUCUUUUAUGAUCCAGGAAUUGCCUUUUCUCCGCCAGCUUCAUGUCUCGAGAAGCAGCUUCAAAGACGAGCUUAUUGCCAACACGAAAUCAAAUAUGUCAUGCUUGCUGGAAUGGAUGGAUCUUUCUGGCAACCAAAACAUGUCUUCCAGUUUUAAUCUAGUCCAAGAGCUCCUGAUGGGCUGCAAGAAUUUAAAGGUCUUCAACUUAUCAGGCAAUCAUCUUGGUGGAGGGUUUCAUCACAUUGACUCUAAAUUUUCAAUUGGUGACAAGUUGGAAGUGCUGGAUCUCUCAGAUAACAAGUUGGGUUUCAAUCUUCCUUCCUCUUUUUUCCUUAGAUGCAGGAGCUUAAAAUCUCUAGAUCUUUCCACCAAUAGCUUUACAGGAGAGAUUCCAGAGACACUAUUCAGAAGGUGUACUGCUUUGGAGCAAAUUUCAUUGGCUCACAACAAUUUCUCCAGUUAUCUUCCUUCACUUAUUUCUCUGCCAUAUCUAAAGAUCAUUGAUGCCAGCUACAAUGCCUUCAAAGGUCAGGUCCCUGCAUUCAGGACAAAUCUCAGGCAUCUAAAUCUCAGCUCCAAUAGUUUUACUAUCACCAGCAAUGAAACUUGUCCAUUGACAUCAAAACUGGAGAGCUUGAUUUUGGUGAACAACGAACUGAAUGGACGAGUGCUGGACACCCUGAAGCUUUGCAAUGCCUUGAAGAUGUUGGAUCUAAGUUUCAACUCAGUGACUGGACAGAUACCAGAGGAUAUUUGUGACAUUCUUCCCAAGCUUGAAUACUUUCUUGCAUGGGUGAACAGCCUUGAAGGGGGCAUUCCAUCAAAUCUUAUGGCGUGCAACAACCUGACAAUGAUCAUUCUCAGCUACAACAAUCUUGAAGGAAACAUCCCUGCAGAGCUAGUCUCUAGCUUGAUCAAGCUCCAGUGGUUAAGCUUGAGCAACAACAAGCUAAUUGGAGAGAUUCCUUCAUUGGAAAAUGCAAAAGAGAUGCUUGUCUUGCAACUGAGCAACAAUUCAUUACAAGGGAAAGUUCCAAGCAGGAUGGGCAUGCAAGUGAUAGAGCUCCGAAAAAACAAGCUCACUGGAAACAUUCCUCCUAUUUUAGGAUUCACUGGGAAGACAUUUGUGAAAGCAACUCUCGGCAGCUUGAAAACAGCCAUAGACACUGAAGCAGGGAUUUGCAUGGACACCACCUUUGCUAUACAGGGCAUCAGCUUGGACAAAAUGAAAGAGCUUUUAAAAAUUAAAAGUGGAGGAUGCUUUCCUAAUGUAAAUUUGCUUCCAGCUCUCACUUAUGGAUACAACAUCAGUAGUCCUCUUCAUAUUGAUAUUUCACAUAACAAUCUUUAUGGAGAGAUUCCAUCCCAGUUGAGCGAAAUGCAAGACUUACAAUACCUCAACUUUGGGCACAAUGAUAUAUCAGGGGUAAUACCAGCAGCACUAGGAGUGCUUAAGAAUAUGGCAGUUUUGGAUCUUUCUCAUAACAACUUGCAAGGGGAGAUUCCAUAUACAUUUUUAUUACUUUCUUCCUUAUCAGCAUUGAACCUUUGCUGCAAUAACUUAUCUGGGAUUAUUCCACAAGGUGGUCAACUGACAACACUUAAACCAAGUAGUUUUGAAGGAAAUGAAUAUCUAUGCGGCUUUCCUCUUAGUGCUUGUAGACCACCAAAUUCUCUUGAUAAUAUUGACAACAGUAAUAUCGGAGGUGGCAAAGUCGGGAUUGUUCUGAUUGCUUCUGGCUUUGGAAUGUUUGGAUUUGUUUUGAGCUUUACAAUUGUUAUUUUUGUUGACAUGAGGAAAAAGCUGGUAUACCGAACAUUAUUUAGAAUCUUCUAA